ACACUUUUAAAUCUAAAAAAUACACCCAUAAAUGCAUUCAUUAUAACAUUGAUGCCAAAUGUUCCUCACCCACAAAUAAUAUUUUCAUGUAUGGCAUAAAUUAGUGAUCAUAAUACAUAACAACAUUUUACUCACAGGUACAGCCACGUUAUUAAAUUUUUUGUGUCACCAUAUUAAUUUUUUGACUUUGUUGCACACCUUAAUCCUUUUGUCCCAUCAUUUUUCAUCUCAACAUUUAAUUCCUCAACACACUCCACACUAUAUAACAACCUCUUAAGAGCUUAAAAGUUUUAAUUAGUUUCUUAAGCUUCUUCAUUAUGCCUUCUUCAACUCUUCAAUGGCUAAGCCUAGUUGGUAUCAUUUGGCUCCAAGCUAUAAAUGGAACAAACUCAAACUUCCCUGCUUACUCUUCCCAACUAAAACAGCUUCUUUCCAUUUCUCAAAUUCAGCUCAAUAACCUUGCUUUUGCAUCUGAUGCCGGCAAACUUUUCGGUUGGUUUUCCGGCCUUGCAACUAUUUACCUUCCCCUCUGGCUCGUCCUCACCAUCGGUUCAUUUCUCGGACUAAUCGGUUAUGGUGUGCAAUAUCUCUUCAUAACCAACCAAAUUUCUUCUCUAUCAUAUUGGCAUGUGUUCUUACUAACUUUCCUUGCCGGGAAUAGCAUUUGUUGGAUCAACACAGUCUGUUAUGUCAUUGCCAUACGAAACUUUCUAUCCGAUCGCCAAGUUGCCAUUGGAUUAACAACUAGCUAUCAAGGAUUAAGUGCAAAGAUUUAUACCAAUAUUGUUGAUGUUGUUUCUUCACACAAUAAGGCUAAAACAUUUCUUUUCUUUAACUCUUUUGUACCGGUUGUAGUUGGCUUUAUAGUAGCUCCUCUAGUAAGAGAAAUUGAAGUGAAAAAUACUAAGCAUUCUAGUGUUGGUUUUGCUUUGAUGUUUGUUAUUACAAUUGCUACUGGAAUAUAUGCUGUAAUGAGUAGCUUGCAAAUUUUCACAAACAAAAUAUCCUCACUCGGGGUGCUUAUCGGUAUUUUAGUAUCUCUUUUCUUACCACUAUUGCUUCCCAUUUCUAUGAAGAUCAAGGAACUAUUUGAAUCAUGUCAUAAAAAAAGAGAAAGAUUAAGAAUAUACCAUUUUACUAUGGAGGAGAAUACUACAUGUGAAGAGAGAAUAGUGAAUGAGGUGAAAGAAGGUGAAGAUAGGUGUGAAUUUGAAGAGGUUGGUGUAAUGGAAGAAAUUGGAGUGAAGUUAAUGUUGAGAAGAAUCAAUUUCUGGUUAUAUUUCUUUGUCUACUUUUUUGGUGCAACAAUUGGUUUAGUCUUUCUAAACAAUUUGGGACAAAUAGCUGAAUCUAGAGGUUGCUCUGCUACUUCAUCUUUGGUGUCUUUGUCUUCGUCUUUUGGAUUCUUCGGCCGUCUCAUUCCAUCUCUUAUGGACUAUUUCUACAGGGGAAAACAUACAAUUUCAAGACCUACAUUUAUGGUAUCAGUUAUGGCACCAACAGCAGGUGCAUUUUUCUUACUACUCAACAAAACUGAUCUUUCCCUUUACAUAAGCACUGCUGUUAUUGGAAUUUCUACUGGAGCAAUCACUUCAACAGCUGUUUCCACAACAACUGAACUAUUUGGAACAAAGAAUUUCUCUGUAAAUCAUAAUGUGGUUGUGGCAAAUAUUCCAAUGGGAUCCUUUUUGUUUGGUUACUCAGCUGCAUUUAUUUACCAUAAGGAAGGAAAUGAACAUGGAAAAUGCAUGGGUAUGGAAUGUUAUAGUAACACUUUUAUCAUUUGGGGUUCCUUUUGUUGCCUUGGAACUUUAUUAGCUUUGAUUCUACAUUUUAGGACUCGUAAGUUUUACUCACAAAAACAAUAGGGUAACAUUUUUGUUUACAUAUUAAUGUUAUAUAUCUUUUCAAUAUUAACAAAGGGGAGGCUGUAUUUGUUUUUUAUUAAAAAAUAAAUAAAAAUUAGGAGACAACCUAUCACCGGAAAAUUACAAAAAUAAAAAAUAAAAAAUUAUCUAUAACCUAUUGUGAAGCCCAAAUACAC